AUGCAGCCAACAUUCGCAUUAUCAUCCCUUAAGUUACAAUUACUUAUUAAUAUUGCAAUUUUAGCAUUUUUGUUAUAUUUCACACCAAAGUACUCAAAUUCAUUUGGUCCAUUAGAAGAACAAACAGACGAUAGUGUUUGGUAUUAUUUACGUGGUGAUUUGUUCAGAAUGCCACAAAAUAUUUCGAUUUUAUGCACAUUUUGCGGGAUUGGCGUUCAGACAAUCUUCUCAUUGCUCUACAUGUCAUUGAAAUCGUAUGGUGAGUUUUCUGACGUUGUUUCGACGUUUUUCAGCGUAAUGUCAUGGUCCGGAAUAAUAUGUGGCUUUGUUUCAAUGUUUACAUUCAAAUACGUUGGUGGCUAUGAAUGGAGAAACGUUUACAAGGCAAUUCUCACUCUAACUCCUGCACUUUUCGUUUUAAUUUUUUGUAUCAGAUCAUUACUUUUUAUUUUCACCAAAUCUGCAUCAUCACCAACUAAUGGAACAAUUCUACACAUAAUGGUACUCGUUCUGAUCCAUACAAUCUCAGUUUCAAUUGGAUCAACCGUUGGAUUGAAGUUUCCCAUUAACGACACGCCAUGCAAAGUGAAUAUGAUACCAAGACAUGUUCCUGCAUCUCCAUUUUACAUGUCUCCAGGCUAUUUGAGGGUUUAUGGAGGAAUUUAUUUGUUCAUUUCUAUUCUUGUUGUUCUUUUGACUAUUUCUGAAUCGGAAAGCAAUCUCACAAAACAAGCAUGA